AAAUCACCUUUAUCAGGCGACUGGGCGUAUCUUCUUCAUAUUGUGGGGUCAAUUUUCGGAUUUUGAGAUUGAAUUUGGGUCCUUGAAUUCUGGUAUUGGGAUCGGGGACUGGGGUUCAUUUGCUGGGUGAUUUGAUUAGAUUUGUGUAAAUUUCGAAAAAAAAAGAAGCAUUAAUUAUUUGGGUAAUAUAUAAGUUUGUGGAAGAAUGGAUAAGAAGAAAGUUGUGGCUCCAUUGGUCUGCCAUGGUCAUUCUCGUCCGGUUGUUGAUGUGUUCUACAGUCCUGUAACGCCCGAUGGGUUCUUCCUUGUCAGUGCAAGCAAGGAUUCAACACCAAUGUUGAGAAAUGGAGAGACUGGAGAUUGGAUUGGCACUUUUCAAGGACACAAAGGUGCUGUAUGGUCUUGUUGCUUGGAUAAAAAUGCGCUGCGUGCCGCCUCUGCCUCUGCUGAUUUCUCUGCGAAAUUAUGGGAUGCAUUGACUGGAGACGAGUUGCAUUCAUUUGAGCACAAGCACAUAGUUCGUGCUUGUGCCUUCUCAGAGGAUACCCACUUUCUGCUUACUGGAGGAAUGGAAAAAGUUCUUCGCAUAUAUGAUUUAAAUCGACCAGAUGCACCUCCCAGGGAAAUUGAAAGGUCUCCUGGUUCUGUGAGAACUGUUGCUUGGCUACACAGUGAUCAAACAAUUUUAGGUUCCUGUACUGACAUGGGUGGGGUAAGAUUGUGGGAUGUGAGAACUGGCACAAUUGUUCGGACACUUGAGACCAAGUCCUCUGUAACCAGUGCUGAGGUUAGUCAAGAUGGCCGCUAUAUAACAACUGCAGAUGGGUCUACUGUCAAUUUCUGGGAUGCAAAUCACUUUGGAUUGGUAAAGAGUUACUCAAUGCCCUGUGGUGUGGAAUCAGCUUCUUUGGAGCCAAAAUAUGGUAACAAGUUUAUUGCUGGUGGAGAGGACAUGUGGAUUCAUGUUUUUGAUUUUCACACGGGAGCCGAAGUUGGUUGCAACAAGGGGCAUCAUGGUCCAGUCCAUUGCGUUCGUUUCUCGCCAGGUGGCGAAUCGUAUGCCUCGGGAUCUGAAGACGGGACCAUUAGAAUAUGGCAGACUGGUCCAACUAACAAUGCAGAGCAAGAAGCUUCCGGAACCAGUUUAUCCGUGGUUAUUACUCAGCAGGUUGAGAAUGUGCACAUCACAGAUGAAGAUAAACCCGAUCAAAAGGCGACAGAGGCUAGGUGAAGAAGUUGUAUUUUGUUUUGUGGUUUUCAUUUUUGUGUGUUGUAGUUUUGUUAUUGUUGCGUGACUCGGCUGGAGAGGGUUGUAUGGAGGUGGUGGCGUAAAUGUUCCUUUUGAUAUUUUUAUCUUUUGGAAUAUUUCAUCUGGUUUAUUUUGAGGAAAACGAUUGGUAUGCUAACUUAUGAAUAAUUAUAGUUACAGUUAAAGAGAUAUGUUGUGGAAAAACUAGCAGUGGCUCAUGAGGUUUGAGAUAAUGCAAGUCUCGAAAGUAGGGUGAUGUGAUUGUAGAACUUUUGAUAAAUGAAACUAAAUUCUCUACAGUUUGUUCUUGAGGUAAAAUGUAGAAUCAGGCUUGGCCCUUGUGUGACGGAGGACUUAUUCAACAUUCAAGUUGUUUGAUUUUGCGAG